ACCUCACCUUGCAGCCCCCAAAGAAGGAAUUGGGUGGACUAAAUGGACAGUGCCCCUCUCUAUCUGAAGCCUAGCAAGGGAGCGACAUUCUCCGACGUCCUACAUUGCACAGACAUGAACACGAUCUCAGCAGCAGAGUGUCAGGCAGCGUACCCUGCAGGCGUGACUGACAACAUGUUGUGUGCGGGGGUGAAAGAAGGAGGUGGGGACUCCUGCCAGGGUGACUCCGGGGGCCCUCUGGUCUGCGACAGAGAGCUCCAGGGCGUCAUUUCCAGGGGAGAGGUGGAGUGCGGCCUGCCCAACAAGCCUGGGGUCUACACCAGGGUCUGCAAAUUCCUGGGCUGGAUCCGCAGGACCAUGCGGGAGAACUGA